AUGACUGGAAGAGCUUCCAAAGUACCUCCCGGAGAAGAGAUGCAGACCACGUCCGCCGUCGAGCGGGUAGAGCGGGUGGCCUUGUCAGAGUUCCGUCCCCCUGCAAAGAAGCCGGCUCCCGAGCUUCGCCGAGCGAUCCCCUGUCUGGGAUGCGCCAAAUCCGCGCUCUCUGGCAAGGGCGACGGCGAGUGCUUCGACUUUGUGCCGGUAAAGAAGACGGUGCACAAGGAGAAGUGCGAGCGCUGCGCCAAGUCCAACCACAAGUGCGAGCCAUGCCCGGCCGUGGCGAUCCCGUUUGCCCGGCGUCUGACGAUGGCGUGCCAAGAUGGCACGAAAGCUGCAAGUUUCAAAUACAACUCGCUUUCCAAAAAAACAAGCCCCCCUUUAGCAAGCCGGCCUGCUAACGCAAAUUUGUUCUCUCUCCAGGAGGAGUCCAUGUUCCGGACAGCGCUUCGCGCCGUUUUUGUCAUGCUGGAGGAGGAGGAGGGCGUGUUUGAGGACGCGGCCGCUGCGGUGUCGACGGGCGAGGACUUGGUCCUCUUGCGAAAGGCUCGCGUCUUGCGCCACCUUGAAGCGGUGGUUGAUGAGCUUGUACAGUAA